AUGAAGGGUUGUCUCAAUCAUCUGCUGCCCGUGUUGGCCAUCACCAACGCCCUCGGUGUCGAUGCCCUCUGCCCGGCCUUGAACGCCAGAGGAGCCUCCGAAAACAUCCUUGCUGCUCCUCAUGGCAAUCUGGAAGCCCGCUACGCCGCUGCUCCACCCGACAAUGGCAGAUGUUCCCGCAUCUCGAAGGCAGCCGGCGGUGGAACUCGUUCCCACGACUGGUGGCCGUGCGAGCUCAGCCUCAAUGUUCUGCGUCAGAACGCGCAGAGCACGAUUCCGCUUCAGGCGAAUUUCGAUUACGCUACGGAGUUCGCCAAGCUUGAUGUCGAGGAACUGAAGAAAGAUCUCUUGAAGCUUCAGACCGACUCUCAGUCAUGGUGGCCUGCGGACUUCGGCAACUACGGUCCUUUCUUCAUCCGGAUGUCAUGGCACAGUGCCGGUACCUACCGAGCGACUGAUGGUCGCGGUGGCUCUGGUGCUGGUCAACAGCGUUUCGCUCCUCUGAACAGCUGGCCGGACAAUGCCAGCUUGGACAAGGCUCGACGUUUGUUGUGGCCGGUCAAGCAGAAGUAUGGCCAGAAGAUCUCCUGGGCUGACUUGUUCGUGUUCGCCGGCAACGUCGCCAUGGAAAGCAUGGGCUUUCCCACGUACGGCUUCGCAUUCGGCCGCGUGGAUACCUGGCAGGCGGAUGAGAGCAUCUACUGGGGUGGCGAGGUCGAGAUCUUCCCGAGCAACAAGAGUAACGCGGUCCGUUACGAUGGCAGCGAUGAUCUUGCCGAUCGCGCGGACAAACUCGAGGACCCACUUGCAGCCGUGGAUAUGGGGUUGAUCUACGUUGAUCCUCGUGGACCCAAUGGUGUGCCAGACCCGUUGUUGUCUGCCAAGGACAUUCGCAAGACCUUUGGCCGUAUGGGCAUGAACGACACAGAGACCGUGGCCCUGAUCGCCGGCGGUCACGCCUUUGGAAAAUGCCAUGGUGCCGUCAAAGGCGGCUCGAACAUCGGACCCGAACCCAACAAUGCACCAAUCGAACAGCAAGGAUUCGGAUGGCAGAACAGCGUCGGCACUGGAGCUGGUGUAGACGCAUACACCAGUGGUCUAGAGGUCAUCUGGUCCGACAAGCCGCUCGAAUGGACCAACGACUACCUGAAGUCCCUCCUGACGAACAACUUCACUCUCGUCCAGAGCCCAGAUGGUGCACCUCAGUGGGAGGCACUCGACGGACCAGAGAUCUACCCGGAUCCAUUCGUUUCCGGCAAGUUUCGAAGGCCGACUAUGCUGACCAGCGAUUUGGCCCUUCGCGACGACCCGGUCUAUGGAGAAAUCUCGAACUCCUUCUUCAAGGACUUUGACCUCUUCACAGAAGUGUUCUCCAAGACUUGGUACAAACUCCUGCACCGCGACAUGGGUCCAAGCUUUCGUUAUCUGGGACCAUAUGUUCCUAAAUCCGAGCCUUUCCUCUGGCAGGAUCCUCUCCCGGCAGCUCCGUCCGUCAUCAUUGACGAUGCCGACAUCGCCCAACUCAAGAGCAAGAUUCUUGGCAGUGGGUUGAACAGCUCAGAGCUUGUCACCACCGCCUGGGGCGCGGCCUCAAGCUUCCGCAUCUCUGACAAGCGCGGCGGAGCCAACGGUGGUCGUAUCGCCCUUGAACCUCAGCGCUCUUGGGUGGCCAACAACCCUGAGCGCCUUGCAACAGUUCUAGCAGGCUUGACAGACGUCCAAAAGCAAUUCAACUCGGGCGGAAAGCAGGUCUCUCUCGCCGACCUGAUCGUUCUCGGUGGUGCCGCAGCCAUCGAAAAAGCCGCCGCAGAAGCCGGAGUCACCAUCACCGUGCCCUUCACGCCCGGCCGCGUUGAUGCAACCCAGGACCAAACCGAUGUCGACUCCUUCAACUACUUACAAUCCAAGGCAGACGGCUUCCGGAACUACGGCAAAGGCGACAGCCGCUCCACAACGGAGGAACUCUUGGUCGACAAGGCCGGCCAGCUAUCUCUCAGCCCUCCCGAGCUGACCGUCCUUGUCGGUGGCCUCCGCGCUUUGAAUGCCAACUUCGACGGCUCGGCGGUGGGUAUCCUGACUUCCCGCCCGGGUCAGCUUACGAACGACUUUUUCGCCAAUCUGUUGGACAUCACCUACACGUGGGCGCCGGUUGAAGGUUCGAACAAUGAGGUCUUCAUCGGCACGAACAGAAAUACCAAGGAGGUGGUGUACACUGCUUCCCGCUCGGACUUGAUCUUUGGCUCGCACCCGGAGCUUAGAGCCAUUGCGGAGGUGUACGCUUCGGCGGACGCGCAGGCUAACUUCGUUGCGGACUUUGUCAAAGCUUGGGCGAAAGUCAUGGACUUGGAUCGGUAUGAUAUCAAGGGCCGUCCUCAGAACGAUGUCCAGUAG